GCAUCUGCUUUUAUUAUAAACGAAACCCAUUUGUGGAAAAAAAAUCAGGCAACCAAAUUUAAACCAGACGAAAAAUCAUCGGUUGAGAGAGUUGAGUAGUUGAAUCCCCGUUUCUUGUAUUCUUAUUCAAUUUAGUAUGUAAAAAGAGAUUUUUUGUAAAAUCUGUUAAUCAUUAUAGUAAAAUUAUUUUAAAACAAAUUGUUUCCAAUUUCAAAUCUUUUAAUUAAAAUUUUCGUUGCGUUUUCAAUUUUUCUUCGAAUUUACGAGUCUUAAUUGUUUUUAGAAUAUUUUAAGUGAUCAUUUUAUCGCGAUGUUUGGAAAAUUUUUGAUAAUGGGUUACACCCGUUUUCGGCGACGGGUGAUUCGUAAUACGGUUACAAGUGUGAAAUGGGUGAUGAAAAAUAAGCAAUUUCCAUUGUUUGUUUUGGCUGGAGGUCUUUUUACUAAUGAAGCACACGCACAAGGAAAGCAACAACAAGAUUUAAAUUCACUCAUAAAAUCUUUCAUGGCGGAACCAUUAACCUCACGGUCCGUGUUGGAGAAAGAUGCAGAUGAAAUGCGGACGAAGAUGGAAUUACUAAUUAUGCGGAUACAAGCUGAGUUUUGCCACGCUAUUGAAAAAGAGGAAAACGAAUUCCCCACGAAAUUCAGGGUGGAUCGAUGGACUCGUGAUGAUGGGGGUGGCGGAGUGACCUGUAUCAUUCAGGAUGGUCACGUCUUUGAAAAAGCUGGCGUCAAUGUGUCAGUUGUUCAUGGAACUUUACCGCCGGGCGCAGUUGCACAGAUGAAAUCUCGUGGCCGAGAAUUUAAAGGUGACUCACUCCCAUUUUACGCUCUGGGAAUCAGCAGCGUCAUCCACCCCAGGAACCCUUACGUCCCCACGAUUCACUUCAACUAUCGAUACUUUGAGGUGAAAACUGACACUGGGGUGGAAUGGUGGUUUGGAGGGGGGACUGACCUUACCCCGUAUUAUCUAAAUGAGAAGGAUGCAGUCCACUUCCACUCCACCCUCAAGAGAGCAUGUGAUAAGCAUGGGGCUGAGUGGUAUCCAAAAUUCAAGGCUUGGUGCGACAAAUAUUUUUCAAUCCCCCACCGAGGGGAGCGACGAGGCAUUGGUGGCAUAUUCUUUGACGACUUGGAUGAACCCAAUAAAGAAAGUGCAUUCAAUUUCGUGACAUCGUGUGCAGAAGCUGUCAUCCCCUCAUACAUUCCUUUAGUCCAGCAGCACAAAACGGACGGCUAUGGUUUGAAGGAGAGGGAAUGGCAACUUUUAAGACGAGGUCGUUACGUGGAAUUCAAUCUAAUUUAUGACAGAGGCACAAAAUUUGGCCUGUACACCCCUGGUGCACGGUAUGAGAGCAUUUUGAUGUCUCUUCCUCUAACUGCGAGAUGGGAAUACAUGCACUCUCCUACCAAAGGUUCUGAAGAGUUAAAGUUGACAGAAAUAUUGAAAAACCCCAAAGAUUGGGUCAGUUGUUAGUAAUAUUUGUCGUGGUAUUAAUUGACUUACCUGAAUUGAACUGUGAUACGGAGGCAAUAUUGUUGUUACUUAUCGAUACGAUACGAUAAUAUGUUAGCGAAUGAUGAAUGAAUGAAGUUGAUGAUGGUGGUUGGUUAUUAGAAGAAUCCGGCAGAAGAAUGCAGCAGGCAAUAUGCAAUCAAAAAUUCUAUUUUCUAUCAUUUACUGACGGCCUCAAUUCUUGGCUGUACAGUGCGUGGUAGACAGACACGUUGUAACUUGUUAGUCGCCGUGAAGAAGAGUUGCAGUCGAGUUCUCCCUCUCUUUUUUCGCUAAAGAGUAUUGUAAUUCAGUUAAAAUUGAUUGUUAUUAAUUUCAGAAUCGCACAAAUUGUAUGUGUGAAUAAUAGAGUUUAAGUGUGUUGUGUUGAACAAGUCAUUAAGUAUGAGCUAAGAAAUAAAACGUUAAGUUUCCAUUUA